GCUCACCGAGUAGACAUCAAGAGCAAGGCUCCCCCUCCUGAGUGGAAGAAAUUUGUGGAGAAGUUAUCACUAAAAUUAAGUGGUGGCAGACAUGUCCAAGGAAUAUUGUGGGGCUCUGAUCCCUCUAUGAAUCUUGUGAUAGUUGAAUGUGUGGAGGUGGAAACUAGUGGGCAACAGAAUACUGGAGUGGUGGUAACACGAGGAAACAGUAUCAUCAUGUUAGAAGCCCUGGAACCAGUAUGAACAAUGGCUGUGUUCAGCAGAGAAAUCAACUGCUUCCACAUGUCCCCUCCACAUUUUACUAUGAUAAAAACUGGCUCGUGUACAUUUUAUUACUGAACAUUUUUAUUAAAUAAACUUUUGUAAUAGGGGAUAAAUACUCAUUAACCUGGAUGUUUAUGGAAUGGGGUGUUCCGGAUGCCUGAAGUGCUGACUGAUAGAGGAGGACUCAAAGCACUCCUUGUGACUGAAAAGCUCCUGAAAAUGUAAUACCUCAAUUAAUAGUAAACAAUUGUUUCCUGUGUGUCGGGUGUUGGGGCCUGGAAGUAUCUCUCUCAAAGAGGAGAAACCUAGGAAUCUGCUGCACAUUCAAGUAACUUGGUAAUUCAACAAAAUCAUUUCAUUCUCCAAUUAAAAGAAAUAGGACUUAGAGAAAAAGCUGAUUCUAGGUUAGGGACAGGAAAUACACAAGACAAGUCUGGACUAUCUUGUAGUACCAGAAACUAAGGAAGUGCUGUUAAAAACAAAACAAAA